AUCCCUUCUCCUGGUGGGCACGCUCGACUCUGACAAUCUCGCUCAGAAAAAACUGCCUUCUGUUCCUAAUCGGUUCCCAGUAUUUCUUUUUUGUUUUGCGGCACUGUCGUGAAGGAAAGGAAAAAAGAGAGAGACUUGCCUAGAGCGGCAUAACAGAAGCUCCUGCUUGACGGCCGGAGAGAAGAAACAGGGAGGGGAGGGCUUGAGAAAUCGUUUCGGUGUCGCCGGGGGACCUUCGCCAUGAGGCAGAAAAAGAAAGGAGAUCUCAGCCGAGCAGAACUCAUGAUGAUGACUAUAGCUGAUGUCAUCAAACAACUUAUUGACGCCCAUGACAAGGGCAAAGAUGUGAACUUAAACAAGAUUAAAACAAGGACGGCUGCCAAGUAUGGCCUUUCAGCACAGCCACGCCUGGUUGACAUCAUUGCUGCUGUUCCCCCUCAGUACCGCAAAGUGCUGGUUCCUAAGUUGAAAGCAAAACCCAUCCGAACUGCUAGUGGGAUUGCUGUUGUGGCAGUAAUGUGCAAACCGCACAGAUGUCCACAUAUUAAUUUCACAGGAAACAUAUGUGUAUACUGUCCUGGAGGGCCUGAUUCUGAUUUUGAAUAUUCAACACAAUCUUACACUGGAUAUGAGCCAACAUCUAUGAGAGCCAUACGUGCCAGAUAUGAUCCUUAUCUCCAGACGAGACACCGAGUUGAACAACUGAAGCAAUUGGGCCAUAGCAUUGACAAAGUGGAAUUCAUUGUGAUGGGUGGAACAUUCAUGGCUCUUCCAGAAGAAUACAGAGAUUACUUUAUCCGUAAUUUGCAUGAUGCUUUAUCAGGCCAUACGUCUAACAAUGUAGCAGAAGCAGUCAAAUACUCUGAACGAAGCCUUACAAAGUGCAUUGGGAUUACUAUAGAGACCAGGCCAGAUUAUUGCCUAAAACGGCAUUUGAGUGACAUGUUGUCCUAUGGAUGCACGAGGCUGGAAAUUGGAGUACAAAGCAUUUAUGAAGAUGUGGCCAGAGAUACUAACAGGGGCCAUACAGUAAAGGCUGUGUGUGAAUCGUUCCACUUAGCCAAAGAUGCUGGGUUCAAGGUGGUAGCACAUAUGAUGCCAGAUCUCCCCAACAUGGGACUUGAGAGAGACAUCAACCAGUUUGUGGAGUUUUUUGAGAAUCCUGCCUUUCGCCCAGAUGGCAUGAAACUAUACCCAACUCUUGUGAUCCGUGGCACUGGCCUCUAUGAACUCUGGAAAACUGGGAGGUAUAAAAGUUAUCCUCCAAGCACCCUUGUGGAUUUGGUGGCAAGAAUUCUUGCCCUCGUGCCUCCCUGGACUCGAGUGUACCGAGUACAAAGGGAUAUCCCAAUGCCUUUAGUCACUUCCGGAGUGGAACAUGGUAACUUGAGAGAACUGGCUUUGGCUAGGAUGAAGGACUUAGGAACAGAGUGCCGUGAUGUGAGAACAAGAGAAGUUGGAAUACAAGAGAUACAUCACAAAGUCAGACCUUACCAGGUUGAACUGGUCCGGAGAGACUAUGUGGCCAAUGGUGGUUGGGAGACCUUUCUUUCUUACGAAGAUCCUGAGCAGGACAUCCUGAUUGGACUUCUACGCUUGCGGAAAUGUUCGGAGGACACCUUCAGACCUGAGCUGAAGAGUGGUGUCUCCAUUGUCCGGGAACUCCAUGUCUAUGGGAGUGUGGUUCCUGUUAGCAGCCGAGAUCCCUCUAAAUUCCAGCAUCAGGGAUUUGGUAUGCUGCUCAUGGAAGAGGCAGAGAGAAUUGCCAGAGAAGAGCAUGGCUCAUGGAAGAUAGCUGUCAUUUCAGGUGUGGGUACCAGAGAUUACUACAGGAAGAUUGGCUAUGGACUAGAAGGGCCCUAUAUGGUGAAAAGACUGGACUGAGAUUUAGCGAAGAACACCUGAGGCUUCGCAUUUGCACAUUAAGGCCAGAGCAGAAUGGAGAUGCCAUGGCCCUACUACAAACAUUGUCUGAACUAGCCAAGCAAGGCCCAUUUAGAUCACUUGAUAUCAAAGAGUGGAUUCUCAUUGAGUAUCACAUUCAAAUCUACCCAAUGAAUUUUGUUGGCUCUUCUAUAACAGGCAAAAAAAAAAAGAGUUGACCAUUAUUUCAUUUCUCUGAUUAUCAUUUACAAAUGGAUAAACAGCCUGGAAACCUUCAGGGUUUCAGAUCUAUGGUGUCAUAAGGCAGGAGUGUCAAACUUGCGGCCUGCAGGCCAGCUGCGUCAUGCGCUGGCUACGCACACCCCUGUUUUAGCGAAGGGGGGGGAAAGUUGCAAUACGUCACAUGACAAAAACAUGACGCCACGAAUUUGACACCCCUGUCAUAAGGGGUCUGCAAAGUGGACCACUUUAUAUCAACUACAGCUAUUUUUAACAGAUAGCAUUGGGCUUCUUUUGGUUUAGUCUAAUGUUAAGUGACAAUUGCCUCUUUUGCAAGAUUAAAUUUGCCAUUUUCAGUAUCUGCAGUGUUAGCCUUCAGUUGUUUACUUGAUGGUCUCAAAGUAUAUCUGGCAUUACAGAUAAAAUUUACACUCCUAGCUGCAGAUACACAAGAGAACAGGCAUCAUUCCUUCUAUAAAGUAAAAUUGCUCCUGCCAAUUAAAUACAAGUUUUUGCAUUCACUGCUUACUUAUGUUGACAUUUGUAUCCCUCCACUCUAAUAUCUAUACACCAGUGUGGUUUAGAAAUGCUUAAGACCACCGUUCUGCAUUAAACCAUAGUCAUUUAAAAAGUAUUUAAAACCCAGCGGAGGGCAUUAUAAAUAAACAGUCUAUUAGCCUCUAGGCAAGAUGAGGAGCAUACAAAUAAUAUUAAAAAUCUUUUCAGAAUCAAGGGGAAUUUAUCUUAAUGAAGAGAAAUGGCUGUAAACUGUUCAAAAAUUCGACUUUUAAUCAAUAAUGUAACUUCAUACAAUGUCAGAUUUUCACUGCUUUUGCUAGGAUGCAAUUUGUGAUGCAAUUAGUGCAGCUAGAAUUUUGUACCAGGCUACAAAUGAAGCAAAAUAGCUACAUUUCAUGGCAGGUUUCCCUGCACAGUACUUUAAUAAGAUUUCCCCUCAAAAGUAUUUGCAUGCAGGGUUUGAGUUUAGUCCUUGACAGUAACUCCAAUCUGAAGGACCUCAGGUCAAUAGACUGGGAAAGGCUCUCUGUUAAGACCUUGGAGGUCACCAUUGAUAUUACAAGUGACAUUUCUAUCGUCCUGUUGAAGGCCAGCUCUGCUGGCAUGGACAUGUCCUGAGAGCAGCACCUUCCACUAUUGCCAAACUGCCUACCAACUAGAAGUCAAUGGCCAGCAACUUUGUGGUCGUCCAAAACAAAGAAGGCAAGACACCAUCAACAAAGAUAUGCAAGCCACGGGCCUGCGCCCUGGAGACGUAGCUGACCGUGCAAAGUGGCGUUCAAUGAUCUGAAAAGCGGACCCUGCACUUGCGGGAAUGCGCUAGGAAGAAGAUUUUCUAUCAUCC